AUGCUAUCUCCAAUCUCGGCUCACGACAGUCUGGCUGAAUGGAUUGACAAUCCACUUGAAUGGGCCGUCUUCAGACGUCCAGAGGGUGAGUGCAAGCCCGCUUUGAUGACGCCUCCUUUCGAGCAGGCAUGUACCACUCCCAUUACCAAUCGCUGCCUCGCCUCUAAUCCCCAUUGUCACCGGGGCACACGUGCAGGAGACAUUUUCGCGAGAGUGCAACUCGAAUUCGUCCUCUCCACCCUCAAGCCGGCCUCCAAAGGUCUCUACUCUCACACCUUCUUUUGA